AUGUCAAACCCUCACCUUCAGUUAAAAAAUGACACACACGUGAUCAACCACAACAGCGACACAGAAGCAAACAAACCACAUAAUGACGACCACCAUGAACGUCCAAUUCUCGCCGAUAAACUCGCGCGGUCCCUCUCGGCCCGCCAAGUCCAAAUGAUAGCCAUCGGCGGCACAAUCGGUACAGGACUCUUCCUCGGCACUGGAAAAUCCCUCGCAACAGGUGGUCCAGCCUCCGUCCUCAUCGCAUAUCUAAUCGUCGGUUUCAUCAUCAUGCUCACUAUGCUCUCGCUAGGCGAAAUGGCAGCUUAUGUACCCAUAGCAGGUAGUUUCUGCACGUUUGCGGGGAGAUAUGUAGAUGAUGGGCUGGGAUUCGCUUUAACGUGGAAUUAUUGGUUUAAUGAUGCGGUGAGCACGGCGGCGGAUUUGGUGGCUCUUCAGUUGGUUUGGGCGUAUUGGGGGGAUACGGGAUUACCGGGUUGGGGGCUUGCAUUGAUUUUUUGGGUGCUUUUGGUGUUGGCUAAUAUUAUUACUGUGAAGGCUUAUGGGGAGAUCUUCAUAAUUCUUGGAAUUGUAGUAAAUUGUGGAGGUAACAACUCUCACACAUAUCUCGGUGCACACAAUUGGUACAUAGGUGAUGCACCCUUCGUAGGAGGAAUCGGUGGAUUCGCCUCUGUCUUCGUAACCGCGUCAUUUGCAUACGGCGGCACAGAAUCCAUCGCCAUAACUGCAGGCGAAACUAAAAACCCGACGAAAAACCUCCCACGUGUAGUAAAAAAUGUCUUCUGGCGCAUUCUCAUCUUCUACAUUCUUUCCGUUCUCCUCAUCGGUCUCAAUAUUCCUUAUAAUUACCCUAACCUCUCCAGCAAAUCAACAGCCACUUCUCCCUUUACCCUCGUUUUCCAAAUGGUGGGCGCCAAAGCAGCGGGUUCUUUCAUGAAUGCUGUAAUACUCACCUCUGUUAUUUCAGCCGGAAAUCAUGCUUUAUUCGCUGGUACUAGACUUUUAUACACCCUCUCUGUUGAUCGACACGCUCCUCAAUUCUUCGGUAAGUUAAACAGAAAUCGCGUCCCAUGGGUAGCAGUCCUUGCUACAAGCGCGAUUAGCGGACUCUGUUUCGGAGCGAGUUUUAUCGGUGCAGGUCAAUUGUGGAGUUGGUUGCAAAAUCUCGUGGGGGUGAGUAAUCAAUUAGCUUGGAUAGCUAUAGGUGUUACAUCGAUACGAUUUCGCGGUGCAUUAAAGGUUCAGGGAAAAACACAUCUUCUCCCGUAUAAAAAUUGGACGUAUCCGUGGGGACCAUGGAUUUGUGUCGUUUUGAAUGUGGUGAUUGUGUUGGUGCAGGGGUGGAGUUCAUUUAGUCCGAAGUUUAGCGCGGUCGAUUUUGUUAGCUAUUACAUUGAGCUUCCGGUUAUGGCGCUCAUGUGGUUGGGCUGGAAGUGGAUGAAGAAGACGAAGGUGGUGAGUUAUGAGGACAUGGAUUUAGAGACGGAUGUGCAUGUUGUGGGAGAGGAAGAUGAGAAGGAGAAGGAAAGGGAGAGGUCGGUGAUGGGGAGGGUUGAGAGGGUAUUGAGAUGGAUUUUUUAA